UCGUGAUGCUCGGUGCGUGGCGCGUGCGUGGCGUCGCGUAGCCCAGCGCAGUUCGUGUGUGCGUUUGUUUGGAGAAGACGGAUCUGUCGCUUCGAAAUUACAUCCACACGCACUGGGGAAAGGUUUACUAUAGCCUUAAAGAAGCCGAAUCUGAGGAGUCUGCCUAUAGGUGCUUAGGCAAAAAUCUUAAAGGUCCCGGGCGAAUCGUUUAGCACCAGUAGCCUACUCUCUUCCACUAAACCCAGUCCCAGUUUACUGGAAGAUCAUGGGGAAACAGAACAGUAAGCUAACCCCUGAAGUGAUGGAGGACCUGGUGAAGAACACAGAAUUUAAUGAACAUGAGCUCAAGCAGUGGUACAAGGGCUUCCUGAAAGAUUGUCCCAGCGGUAAACUAAACCUGGAUGAAUUCCAGCAAUUGUACGUUAAGUUCUUCCCUUAUGGUGAUGCAUCAAAGUUUGCACAGCAUGCCUUCAGAACCUUUGAUAAGAAUGGAGAUGGUACUAUUGACUUCAGAGAGUUCAUUUGUGCCCUGUCCAUCACAUCACGAGGAAGCUUUGAGCAGAAGCUUAACUGGGCCUUCAACAUGUAUGACCUAGAUGGAGAUGGCAAAAUCACUCGAGUGGAGAUGCUGGAAAUUAUAGAGGCUAUUUACAAAAUGGUUGGCACUGUGAUCAUGAUGAAGAUGAAUGAGGACGGCCUGACACCAGAGCAGAGGGUGGAUAGAAUCUUUAGCAAGAUGGAUAAGAACAACGAUGACCAAAUCACUCUCGAUGAGUUUAAGGAAGCAGUGAAGAGUGACCCGUCUAUUGUACUGCUUUUGCAGUGCGACAUGCAAAAGUGAGGGUAUGCGAGUGAGCAUGCUCUGGACUUAAAAUGUUGUAAUGUUUUAUUCGUGUUAAGCCAAUUUCCACAAGAUUACGAUGAAGUAUAUUUGGACUAUUCAGAUGAACCUGCUUCUUGUGGUUGAAAAUCUAGUAUGCAUGAGAAUGUAAAAUGCUAAGAGUUAUAAAUCUUAAUUUAAUUUCAAAUUUGCAACAAUGUACGAUGUGCAAAAUAAAUGAGCCAUUUUCAUUAUUC